UUCCUUUCUUUCUCACUCGUCUCCUUCAAGCAAUCCCCUCUCUCUCUCUCUCUCUCUCUCUCUCUCUCUCUCUCUCAUCAACCCAGAGGCGACGAUCGUACGCGACGAGCUCUCAAGAGAGAUUGAGAGGGACAUCGAAAGGGACGCAGAGAGAGAUUAGACUGGAACAUCUCUUAUUGAACAAGUAUGCGCAAGUGGAUCUGUUGUACAUGUCAGAUACAAGACUCCAGUGAAGAGGAACACUUGAAAAGUUAUCAGCAGCAAUCCGAUGCGAAUCACAAGGUUCCAAAACCAGCAGCUGUUGCUAAGCACGAGGCGGAGGUGCAGAAGGAACCUCUUCCUGUAGAGGUUCCUCCCUUGUCUUCAGAUGAAGUCAAGGAAAAGACUGAAAAUUUCGGAUCAAAGGCCCUAAUUGGAGAAGGAUCUUACGGAAGAGUGUAUUACGCGACACUAAACGAUGGUGUAGCGGUUGCUCUGAAGAAACUUGAUGUCUCACCUGAAGCUGAGUCAGAUGCUGAGUUCUUGAGUCAGGUUUCAAUGGUUUCUAGACUCAAGCAUGAGAAUCUCGUUCAACUGCUUGGCUUCUGCGUUGAUGGAAGCCUCCGCGUCCUUGCGUACGAGUUUGCAACAAUGGGAUCGUUGCAUGACAUCUUACACGGUAGGAAGGGAGUUCAAGGAGCACAGCCAGGUCCAACACUAGACUGGACAACGAGGGUGAAAAUCGCGGUCGAGGCAGCUAGGGGUUUGGAGUACCUUCACGAGAAGUCUCAGCCUCCUGUAAUCCAUAGAGAUAUAAGAUCCAGCAACGUUCUUCUUUUCGAAGACUACAAGGCCAAGAUUGCUGAUUUUAACCUCUCGAACCAAGCUCCUGACAACGCUGCUCGUCUUCACUCGACAAGAGUCUUGGGAACUUUUGGCUAUCAUGCUCCAGAAUAUGCAAUGACUGGACAGUUGACUCAGAAGAGUGAUGUGUACAGCUUUGGGGUUGUGCUUCUAGAGCUUCUGACAGGGAGGAAACCGGUUGAUCACACCAUGCCUCGUGGUCAGCAAAGUCUUGUGACUUGGGCAACACCAAGACUUAGUGAAGAUAAAGUCAAACAAUGCAUUGAUCCAAAGCUUAAAGCUGAUUACCCUCCGAAAGCAGUUGCUAAGCUUGCAGCAGUGGCAGCACUGUGUGUGCAAUAUGAAUCUGAGUUUAGACCCAAUAUGAGCAUAGUUGUGAAGGCUCUGCAGCCGCUCCUCAAACUUGCAGCUCCAGCUCCUCCCUCUCCAGCGCCAGAGUCUUGAAACUUUUCUUUUCAUUUGCAAACUAUCAGAUAACUAUGAAAAGAUGAUAUUAAUGCUUCAUUUGAUGGAUGAUUGAUUUUGCACACAGUUUUGUUGUGCUAGAAGAA